GUACAUCACCCUUCUCUGUCUUACAACAGGCAAAUUGCGAUGUCAUGAAUGAGAUAGACAAUGUUCCAUUUUGAUUGUAACGAAUACUAACGAAUUGUGGUUAUAUGACUUGAAAAGUUUUUUAUUUAUUUUACUCAAUUAUUGUGCAAUCUAAAGUAAUCUAUUAUUCUAUAAAGUUAAUGUAAAAUCUAUAAUUUUAUUUGUAAAUUUAUUUUCAUAAUAAUCUUUAAAUAACAAGGAUAAAUGGAGAAAAAUGACCAGUCAAGUAUGGCUGAAGAAAAAGGAACAAAAUCCUAUCUGCAGUUCCAGAUAGAAAGGCUGAAAGUAUUGCAAGCGAAGCUGUCGACUGAAGCAGAGGAAGAUUAUGUCAUUAUUAAAGAAGAACGUAGCGGCUAUGAUUCGGAGUCGAGCGAAUACUCAGAGGAUUCGGCGGCGGCCUACGAUGAUGUCCAGGCUGCAACCAAAAGCUCUGGGCCGCGGAAGAAUAUUAAUAGGGGGAGGUGGACGAAAGAGGAGGACAAAAAGCUGAAAGCCUACGUUAAGAUGUACAACGAGAACUGGGACCUGAUAUCUGCCGAAUUCGCAGACAGGUCCGAUGUCCAAUGCCAACAGCGGUGGACCAAAGUCGUCAACCCUGAACUAGUCAAAGGCCCUUGGACCAAGGAGGAGGAUGAGAAAGUUAUGGAGUUGGUUGCAAAAUACGGGCCGAAAAAAUGGACGCUCAUCGCGCGUCAUUUAAAAGGGAGGAUAGGGAAACAAUGCAGAGAAAGGUGGCAUAACCACCUAAACCCCUCUAUAAAGAAGACAGCAUGGACGGAACAUGAAGACAGAGUGAUAUACCAAGCGCACAAACAACUUGGCAACCAGUGGGCUAAGAUCGCUAAAUUAUUGCCCGGCAGGACCGACAACGCAAUAAAGAACCACUGGAACUCGACAAUGCGACGUAAAUACGAGCCCGACCUACUCGACAGCUUCGAGUCUCUGCGCCGCAAGCAAACGCGGGUUCGUCCGCGAGAGUACACUGAACACAACGCUUCUAACGACAAAGUGCAAGUCGCUUAUAACGAUCAGACCUGGUCAGACCCCUUCAACGAGUCAACGCAGAGCAACUCUUCUAACACGAGCCAACCGGCUUCGAAGCACGUCUUACACUUCAGACAACUUCUGAAGGACCAGCUGACGACUUUGCAACAUCAGACCGUUCCUCCCAAGUCUCCUGACAGAGGGGGACUGGUGGCUGCUGAUAUUGAAAUCGUUGAUGCGCCUUUUAAAUUUGUGAACAUAGACACGCUGCCAACGGACUCCCCUCUCAGAAGUUACUUGAGUCAAGCGUCAACCACCAACCAAAACAAUCAGGAUGCUGUAACAUACGCGGUUCAAGCGGAAUCCUCCAAGGAAAUAGAAGUGCCUUCAAUCUUCACGUCUCCUAAGAAGAAGACGAUGGAAACCAGUUCCCCUCCCCCCAUACUGAGGAGAAAGCCCAAAAAGUUAACCCCCGUUGUUCCCAACACUAAUGCAUGGUCAGACACAUUAUCCAAAGCUCUAGAGUGUCGGGAGUCGGGAGUGACUCCCAUCAAGGCGCUGCCGUUCAGUCCGUCGCAGUUCCUCAACUCGCCCGCGCCCAUCGCCUUCGCGGAGCUCGACUCUACUCCGCUCAGGCAUGCCACUAAGGAAUGGAGUGCAAGUCCAUUGCUACAAACACCAACACCUGCUCACCACGUGACGCCGGGCGGACCGCACCCGGGCAAGAGUAACACCCCUAAAACUCCAACACCCUUCAAGAUAGCUAUGGCGGAGUUAGGCAAGAAAUCCGGCUUGAAGUACGAACCAUCUAGCCCGGGCUUGUUAGUAGAAGAUAUCACUAUCAUGAUGAAGAGAGAGAACUCUGAUAGUACCGUCAAUGACUCGUUACUGUCUUCUACUGCUGACCAGGAAAAUGCUAAUGUGCAGGUGAAUGACUCCGGCAUCGGCAGCCUCAAACGCCACGAGUCUGGCAAGGAGAACGUGCCGAGCGCGGCCACGCACAAGCGCGCCCGCAAGGCGCUCGCGCACGCCUGGGGCGCCGUCACCUCCACGCCGCACUCGCACGCCGGGCAGGCCACGCUAGUGCCCGAUGUCUCGUAUAUUGAGACGCCGAGCAAAACUUUAGCCGGGGACAGCUCAGUUAUGUUCUCGCCACCAUCCAUCGUGAAACAUUCACUUCUAGAAGAAUCCACGAGCCUACACUCCCUCAUAAGCGCCGACAACACCCCAGAAACCAGCAAAUACGAAGAACUUGACAUAGAAGCAGUCAUCACUGAGAAAACUAAGGUCGCUCGUGGCAAUGAGCCUAUAGUCGUCAAGAGAUCUGCUGUGCGCUCCAUCAAGUUCGACAAAUUGGACGAGGAAGUUGACGUUAAGGAGGAAAAUCAGUCGCCUUUUAUUGUGGGCAACUACAAAUGGCAGACUUUCGCAUGCGGCAUGACUCAAGACCAACUGGACCUCACUCAGCUAGCUCACCAAUAUAUGAGGAAAUCAGCUUUAAAACCUAGAUCACUGAAUUUUCUAUAGAAGUGGGUUUUUUACAAAUAAUGAACUUAUAAAUACCGAGACUUGGACCUGGUAGUGUUGUGUUUAAUUGUGUUUAUCGAUAAUUCAUUUUCUUUCUGAUCAUUGUUCUAUUUUGGUUCAAAAGUUAGCCAAACGUCAGUUUCCUUAAAACAACUGUUUACUUUGAAUUUGCACGUCUAAUCUUGAAAAAUAGUGGUUUUAAGAAAAACUGACGUUUUUGUGGUCGAUGAACUUUCGAUGACUGAUUUCAGUCGUUACAUGUCAUUCAAUGAUUUUUCGAUAAAAAUGUUACUGCCAAUGUUUUUUAGUCACAUCACUUCAGAUUUUGAUAAUGGAAGAAAUACGAUAAAGUCGUAAGUACGCUUAUUAUUAUAGAUUAUGGGUUUUAGUAGUUAUUUUAGAGUUGUAAAUAAAACAGUGUGAUUUUAGUAUAAGUAAGAAAUUAUGUACGAAUAGUUCUGUAUUUUGUAAUUGUGGAUGAUAUAAAAAUUUUAACAAGUGACUUUAUUUCAUAAGUUGGUUUUAAUGCAUAUUUUAGGUUUAAUUUAUGUAAAAAAUAGAAUUAUAUCAUCAUGGCGAAAGAAUUUACUUAUUUAAGCAAUUGCAGAUAUUUUUUGAUUGGAUACAUAAUUUCGAUAUAUUUGUAGAAUUUACAAUAAAAUCGCUAUAAUUUGGGUAAACGUGUAAUAUCUGUCUAUUAUUCUAUCGUUUUAUUUAAUUCUUUGUAACAUAAGGUCCCAUUUUGAAGCGAUUUAGUUUUUUUUUACUGAUUUUAUGUAAAAAAUUAUUUUGAUUGAAAAUGAUUUUGCACUUAAGAAUAUUUUAAGCCUAGAUAUUUUUUAGUAAGUCUAUAUUGUAAUUUGAAAGAGUACAAAGUAUAAUAUUAAGUGGAAUAAUUCAAUCCUAAAUAUAGUCAGUAAUUUAAGAUUUUUGUAAGUUUUUUGAGUAACACAUUUUAAAGCUUUUAAUUCUUUUUGCAUUUUGUGUGAUUGUGAAUUGAUAUGCAGCUUAAUUGUGUAAUAACAUUUUCUGUUAGUUGUGUGAAUUAAUACUUUUAAAAAGCUACUGGAUGGCUGAUUUUUUGUAAAAACAAAAAUUAAUAAUAUUUUAAUACCAUAAAGUUUUAGGUUGUGGUUUGCGCUUUUUAACAAGAAAAAAUAUAACUUCAGCUUUUAGAGAAAUCUAACUUUGUAAUUAACGUUUAAGUUUGGUGUAAUAAUAAUUAUAAUUUUAAGAGGCAAUAUUUAUACGAAUUAUGUUUAAACAUAUUUUUAUUGUACGUUUUUUGUGAUUUCUAUUCUAAUUUAUGUUUUUCUUUGGAAUUUUUCUCUAGUGCUGCUGAUUAAAUAAAUAAUAAUAAAAUCAUGAAUCUUUACAGUUUUUCUUUCGUAUGCUUUUUAAUUGCUAUCUAUUAAUAUCAAGACCACCACAAUCUUUUGAGACAUACAGUCUCCUUAAAAUAUUGAAAUGUGAUCCUUAAAGUCUUAACGCAUAGAUACUAGAAAUGUCCGAACAACUUUAUUGCGUUUAGGUAUAAUGUAUAAUGAUUCCGAAGAACACAAUCAACACCCAUUUUGUCUAUAAAUUAUUAUUUUUAAACAUCAAAACGACGUUCCCUUUACGGCGCAUAUAGGACUUGAGCUACAUUCUUUUCACACAGACCGGAGCCGAUCGGCUGCGCGAGCAUUAAAGAGCAUGCAAUCGGAGCCAAACGUCGAGAAAAAGUACGCUAUCGGAGCCGGUCGGCUCCUCUUAUUAUUUCACACCGAGCGCCUUCGAGCAUUCUUAAUGACAAAAGCAGUGCACAUCCAAAAAUAAACCUUACUACAUAAUACUAAGUACUCGAUUUUCAACGUGUUAAGAAUUUGCUCUUCUCUCCGAGCCGGUCUGUCUGAACGGACCCUAAUGAGCACAUAUGCCAUUAAUAUGAAAGAUGGUAUAGUUAUAGGCACAAAUCUUGAGCUCUGACCUUCACCUUUAACGGACCCCAGAAAGGAAUAGGAUCUUCUAUCUUCAAAGUUCGGCAGCACUUUGUAAAUUGGUAAUAAAUAACAUUUAAUACUGUAAAUUAUAUUUAGUUUAAGUUAAACAGUCUUAGUAGGUAAUUGAUUGCCAUGUUUAUUUUAUUCAAAGACGCAGUGUUUUUAUUUGGUGACAACGACUAUAUUGUUUUAGCUUGUGAAUAGUACUUAUGUAAGUUUGUAUAGGUUUAUAGAUGUUUAAGCAAGGAAAAUAAAUGGUUUUAUAGAA